AUGAGCUCAACCAGUACAACCCCACGCACGCUCUCGGCCGGCUCCUCGAUCCCGUUCUCCGCGUUGACGCAAUACGUGAACCACCCUAUCCGGGUCUUGCUCGUUCCGAACCCAACCACAUCAUCCACUCCACCACCCUCCACACCAGCGAAUAGUCUCCCUUCCCAAACAGCCAAAGGAACGCUCUACACCGUAGAUCAUCACACCCAAUGUCUAGUCCUCACAACACCUUCCACCUCGUCGACCUCGACGACGAACAAGUCCUCCUCCUCCUCCUCGACGACGACGACGACGACGACGACGACGAGGAACUAUUCCUUUCAUCCUUUCGCCUCGAUCCAAUCCACCACUCUCUUAUCCACAUUACCCGAUCCCUCCCUACCUCCACUUUCAACUUCCACCUCGAAAACCACUCCGGACCUUCGCAUGGACCAAGAAGAGAUGAAACUACGAAUCGAGAAGGGCGUGGCCGCACUCGUCAAGGAAAGGAGUAGGAAACCACCUCAGGGUGUGGGUGUCACACCCGAGACGCAGGCGCUAUUUGAUGGGUUGGCAAAGACGAUGCCUGUGAGGUGGCAUGGCGCGUGAGUUGGUCGGAUCCGGGUUAGAGAGGGUGUAGUCAGGCGCGCUGGGACUAACCCGAGAGGGUUUUUGUUUGGUUUUUUUGCGGCGAUCAGGCAAAUCAUCGUCAUGGAUCAAGUCAUCAUAUCACCACCCUACACGGUCGAUCAAGUCAAGGGAGAAAAGGGUGCGCACGAAGGUGUCGAACGCGUCAAGAAAGUGGUACGUCGAGCCGCGCUCUUCGAUCACGCCAAUGCUCACAGUGUCGGCACCCGUUGACCGUGGCCGUAGAUCUCGAUCUUACAGUUGCAAGGGGAACGACAGAGGAGGACCAACAAGCCUACGACAUCAUAG